AUGUCCAACGCCAACAACCAGAACCAGCUCCUUGCCAUGCCCACCAACGCUCACCUCGACGGUGAUACCGGCCCCGUCACCAAUGAAGACAUCCGCAAAUUCGUGGUGGACUCUGCGCAGCGAAUGUCCUUCCAAGCUCUACUUCCCCAGCAAGUCCACGACAGACUGUGGCAGCUGUUCAAGAUGACAGUCCGCUUCACCCAGCGGGAAUUGGCGAACGACUUCCACUAUGCGCCCCGGGAAUUUGCCCGAGAGGAAAAAUGGUUGACUGAGGAAAGCAUUAUGGAACUCAACAGGCGAGAGCUGGCACUGCAGAGGCAGUCCAUCGCUGCCAAGGAGGCUGAGUUAAACGAUGAGAAACGGAAGCUGGCCGUUGAACGACUCCAGUUCGAGGCGGAGAAGAAGCUUUCCAGGGCUGGACAGGAAGUUCCGGUUGCCGUAGUGCCUCCUCAUAUGUCAAUCGCUGAGCAGGAAAGUGUACCUCGGGUAUCGGAGGAAGAGGAUGUCUAUAUCAAGCAAGAACCAGGACAUGACAGCGAGGUAUGUUCCUACUCCUAUGAAGAGCCCAACAAGCAAUCAAGCCAUGUUGUCCGCGACCCUGUUGGUCAGUACGACUUUACGAACCUGGAAGGAACAACCAUACUACCGAGAAAGGAGAUAUUCCCGAGCUGGACAUGGGCUGAUUGGAGGCCAAGAACUGGACUUUACGGUGGAGCUUACACAACCAGCCAUCACCUUAAAUUCCCUUACCAAGAUUCAAGCUUUACCUGCCUUGUCGAUCUGAGUGUGGAACUUGACGAUGGCAGGAUUGUCUCUUGGGGCCAGGGGUACGACUCGGAUGUAUUAUGGUUGACAUCGCUGCCAAAACCGCCACGCAUCCUGCACAUCCAGGGAUAUACCGCUAAUCCGCAACUACGAUACAUGACGGAGGAAGACUGGGCGGACUUCCACGAGCGAACUAUACUUCCCACCAAAGAAGCCCACGCCCACGGUGGAAAUGGUCGUAAUCCCAACAACCACUCGUGUUCCGAUGACCGCGACAGUCGCCGCUGGAUAUUUCUAGACGCUGAUGGCCAGCAUCUUCAGCUACCGCUUGAGCUGACUCGCCGUGGAAACCCCUGGUGCUGGGGAUUCAGGAAUAAAUGGUACGGUUUGAGCACCGAUGCAUACCAUCUCCAAAGGCAGAGGGUGAACCAGGCUGAGACUAUCAAACCAUACACCGAGUCCACGUUCGAUUUUCGAGUCAUUCUACUUGGUUAUAACUGGUUCGAUGUCUUUUACAUGGUGCUCAUGAGGACCACAGGGACCGACAGUCAAACUGAAACAUUCGAGCGAGUAAAUGUCCUUGGAAGGAUGCAUCUCUCAAGCAACGGGCGCACGGAACCAGCGAAGGUGGUGGAGUUCUUGGCCAAGCUAACAGGAAAGCACGCUGAAUCUUUUCGGGGGACACCAUGGACCAAGAUGAACACGAGAGUAGCCUAGUGAGGAUGGAGUUUGAGAUCAUACAGAUUUCGUUACGUACGUAUCUAAUAGACGAAAUGCUAUAUCCAUUUUCCACACAUCAAAGACUCAAAGUCAGUUCCAAUCUCCGUCGAGAUGUCCAGUUCAGGUACGGACCUCUAAACACCCCCCAACCAAGCCAACAUAACCCUCAUCAUCACCCCCUCCUCAUACCCCAGCGCAGCAUCCAACGCCGGCUGCACAUGUGCCUCCCCGACACACUCCAC